AUGAUCGCCGCCAAGGUCUCCGCCCUCGUCUCUCUCCUCGCCAUCGCCGCUGGUCCGGCCAUGGCUACCAUCAUCGUCACCCAGCCCGUCGCCUCCACCACGGGCCACGGCGACAAGCACCUCCAGGUCGAGUGGCACGACGACGGCGCCGCGCCCAAGUUUGCCGACUGGGGCAAGGUCAACGUCUACCUGGCCACCGGCUCCCACGACGUCCAGUGGCGCCUCCAGACGCUGGCCGAGGACGUCGACGCCAAGGACACGUCUGACAAGUACAAGAUCGACCCCACCGUCGGCCCCAACGGCGGCUACUACUUCCUCCGCUUCGAGGGCUCCACCCCCGCCGCCGGCUCCACCAGCCCGCCCAUGGCCUUCUCGGCCCGCUUCACCCUCGACAAGAUGACGGGCACGUUCAACUCGACCAUCAAGGCCGAGCUCGAGGGCGCCGGCGGCACCGCCUCGGCCGGCGGCGGAGCCAGCGCCACCCCCACCGGCGGCCUCGCCACCUCGGUCCGAGCCAUGGCCACGUCGAGCAGCUCGACGUCCACCUCGCCCGCCUCGGCCGCCGCCAAGACCAACAGCCCCGUCAGCGCCAACUCGAGCAGCCAGCCCUCGUCGGCCUCCAAGAUCAGCCUCGCCGGCUCCGCCGCCCUACUCACCGGCCUCGCCGCCGCCGGUCUCGCCCUCUUCUAA